CCCCGCCCCCUCGCAGUGGGCGGGGCCUGGGGCUCGUGGGGCCCGUGGGGCGGCUGUUCUGGCACGUGCUGGGGGGCGGGGCCGAAGCCGAGGCGGAGCCGCGAGCGCCACUGUGAUUCACCAUCGCCUUCGAGGGACCCGCCCGGGGCCCCGUGUGCCGGGAGCGCCACCGACAGCCAGGAGUGCCCGGGGCUGCAGCCCUGCCCCGUGGACGGCGCGUGGGGGGCGUGGUCAGCGGCCACGCCCUGCCCGGUCACGUGCGGGCUGGGCGGGGUCACGUUGCGCCGCGCGUGCGACGCCCCUCCCCCCCAGCACGGCGGCCGCGCCUGCGCAGGAAAAGACACCCGGCGGGGGGUCUGCGGGCCCGUCGGGGCCUGCCCGGAGGUGCUGCACUGGGGGCCGUGGGGCCCCUGGAGCCCCUGCACCCGCCCGCUCUGGGAGUCCAUCGCCUGCAAGAGCACGGUGGGGCAGCAGCGGCGCACCCGGGCGUGUGUGGGGCACGGCCAGGGGGGGCCCUCGUGCCCCGCCGAGGAGGGGCUCGGCACCAUCCACGUCCGUGCCUGCUACAACAUCCAGAACUGCCUCCUGCGUGGGAACUGGUCAGACUGGAGCCCCUGGGGGCUCUGCACCCCCCCGUGUGGGACCAGCCCCAUGCGGAGCCGCAGCCGGGAGUGUCAGGCCACCUACCCCUCCUACAAGCUGACGGUGACAAACGUGGGCAGCAGCGGGAGCAGGAACGUGACGUUCUGGGGGACGCCGAGGCCGCUUUGCGAGCCCCUGUUGGGGCAGAGGCUGCGCCUGGAGGAGACCCGGCCCUGCCUGCACGUCCUGCCCUGCCCCCCCGACGAGGAAUGAGGCUCCCGAUGACCUCGUGGGACGCUCCUCGGACCCCAAACUCGCCUGGAUUUCCCCCGAAACGCGCUUGGCUCCUCCCCCCGACCGUUCCCCCUAAUAAAGACCCGGCACUGAA